UCAAAUUGUCAACAACACGGUCAGUGGAAAGAGAAGAGAAUAUGAUGUACUGGACUGCUCUAACCUUUAUAACAUAACCAACAUUUUCAAGUUGCUGAAAGCAUUUUUACGGAGCAUUUACGUCGGUAUUUGUAUUUUUCGUUAAAUCCGGCUUACUAAGCGAAAGUAUGGGUGAAAAUAGUGAUUUUGAAUUUUCUGAUAUCGAAAUAGGCGAAGAGCAACAUAAAAAAAUCGUUGCAGAUGUUCUAAGUUUGAGCAAAUCUCAACAUGUGCAAAAAGCAUCAAGAACAGAAGCGGCCUUGCAGAUAUCUGAGUUUAACUUAGUAAAAUCUGUCACCGAUCGCAAACCCUCUGUACAUGUUGAUGAUUUAGCCAAAGUUCUAAAGACUCGCAAAAAGCAUGUUGAAAUUGGCAAGAAAGUUGAGUCAACGAAAAGGAGAGGACGUACUUUACCAAAACCUCUAGAGAAACCACAAGCUGACCGAAUUAAGCGUUCAGUAGGAUAUGAAAAAAAUAGAUUUCUUCUAGACAGAUGGGAGGCAUUUGUGACUUCAAUGAGAUCUCAGGCACACCAGUCGUUUCCACUUGAUGCAGUUGAAAAAUUAAAGGUCGAAGGAAAAAAAGCGGCAACUUUUCUAGAUACGCUAACAUACAAAUCAAAACUUCAGAAAGAGUUGGAGAAAAUAGAUACUGAAGUAGAAGAAUAUCACGUUAAACCUAAUACUGAAGAAAAUGAAGUUUCUUUGUCAUUGGAAGAUCUGAAAAAUAAUCGAAAGGAGCUGGCAAAGCUGAGGGCACGUCAAAGUUACAAGGAGGGAAAAGCAAGAAGGCAGAAUAAAAUUAAAAGUAAAGGUUACCAUAGAAUAUUAAGAAAAGAGAGAAUCAAGAAUAAGCUAAAGGAAUUUGACGAACUUCAAAAAACCAACCCAGAAGAAGCUCUAAAGAAACUAGGUGAAAUUGAAAAGGCCAGGGCACUCGAGAGAUUCAGUUUGAGGCAUAAAAGUACAGGACAGUGGGCUAGAAGUAAACAAGUUAGAGCAAAAUAUGAUAAAGAGAGUCGACAAGUUUUGGCGGAGCAGCUUCAAAUUAGCAAAGAUUUGACUCAGAAGCAAACGACAAACAGCGAUUCCGAAGACGAAGUUCAAGAUAUUGCACUAGCUGUUACAGAACCUCCUGAGCAAGCAAGUAAUACUCCGUGGAAUAUAGCCCUUCAGACAAAGCCGAAUGAAGUAACCUCAUUUUAUAAUGCCUUUUCACAAUAUGCAGUUGAUCAGACGGUACCUAAUGAUCCUGAUUUAAACAUCACAUGUACAUCAAUGAAGUAUAAAGAAAAACUUGAUAAGCCCAUUAAAAAGGCUCGUGGCAAGAAAAUUGAUCUUACAAUGCCCGUACAAAGCGCCAAACAAAUUAUCGACGAAGAGAUGAUAGAGCAGCCGGCACAAUUUACACAAAAUUUUACACGGAGCAAUGACUCGAUCAGCGCUUUGACAAACAUAUUAAAGACUAACACAAAACAAACGAAAUCCGAUGUUAUCAAACAGUUUACAAAGCCGACAGUAACGCAUUUGAACUCCACGCGUCCCGAUAUAAUUGUUUCGGUAGAAAAUGUUCCAGAAGCAAGUCAAAACCAGUUCAUAUCCGAAGGGUUUGAAGAUUUUGGUAUUGCCAGUGACUUUAUGAAAGAGAAAAAGUCCGAAAUUGAAAAAGAUAGACCCACUGAUAUCGAUUCAAAUCUACCCGGUUGGGGCUCCUGGGCUGGAUCGGGUAUUGAUCCAAAGAAGCAAAAGAAGCGUAGGCGGUUUAUGUUUAAAAUGCCGAAAACAAUUCCUAGGAGAGAUGAUAAUAAGGGGAGAUUGAUUAUUAAUGAAAAAGCAGCCAAAAAAGUGGCACCAUAUUUAGUGUCAGACAUUCCUUUUCCAUUUAAAUCGGCGAAAGACUAUGAAGCUAGCUUAAGAGCACCCAUAGGAAAUAGUUUCGUUCCAGAGUUAGCUUUUAGGAGAUUUAUAAAACCGACAGUUGAAACUAAAAUGGGAACUAUUAUUGAACCUGUAACGACCGGUAUACUAAUGGGAAAACCAAAUAAGUAACAUAAAAUUGCAUGAGAAUAUGUAAUUUUCUUAAGUUGAUUGCUUUUUAUAUGAUACAAACUAAGUUAUGUAGGUACUAUCAUAUAUAAACCGUGUGUAAAUCAUACUUUGAUGUAUGUGAUCAAUGAUCAGUGAUGUGUAUGAUCAUCGGUUUUUUAAAUUGUACAGUAGUGUUUACUUAUUAGGUAGACUUAACUUGUCUAAUUAUGUAUGUAUAAUAAAAACGUUUAUUAAUAAAUGAAAAUAUGUCA